AUGUCUUUCGGUAGACAUGCCUAUCGGCAUGCACUACACCCCUCUUCCACACAUCGCAUUGACCACGUGUGGAUUAGCGAAGAACUGCUCGCAUCAACCUUCCGACGAUUCGCAACCAGUCAACGACGCUACGAAAGUCGAGUGCCAGGGCCUUUGGAAGCAAGAAGACGUCUGGCCAAGCGACGAAAUACUGCAUUGGCCGGUAUAACCGGCUUAGGAUCUCUGGAAGACAUUGCGUGUUUGUUUGGACGAAAUGGGCGGGAGCACAUGAAAUGGACGGACCGGGAGGAACGAAAUGUUCACCCCGAGGCCCAUGAUUUGCCUGCCUUUCCAUUGAACCCUCCGGAGCCUCCUUUGCCGUUCUACAGCGAAAACAUCGCCCCGAUGGAGUUCGACACAUUGAAUGGUGUCCGGGGAUUCCCGGAUGCGUCACACAAAACCUCCCGUGAGCAGGCACUGGAAGAAUUUCUGGAAUCGCGUCCAUCGGUCACAGCUAUCGGGAUCUUCGUGCGCCAACUCAAUUUCGACCUCCGGCKGGAGCCUUCCUACAGCCGCCUGAUACUUAAACACCUGCUGUCGCGAUCAGCCAACAACGAGGGUGCCAUGCAAAAGGUUGUCGAAUUUCUCGACGAUCCAUAUCUUAAUACUAAAGGGGCUGGAAAUUAUCUGUGCGCUCUUGAGCAUACAUUAUCUACACCGGCGAUUUUCGGGAAACAGCGGGUGUUCGACGCCAUCAUUCGAUCUUUGGAGCUAGGGCUCUUACAUCCCACUGAGCUUCAAGGCAUUAUAAAGACUAUAUCGAAUGCUAAAUUCAAGGGAUCACAUGGAUUGACUGCGCGGAACUCCAGGUUCCUGGUCAGGUUCCAUCGGGAGAUGUGGGACGCCAUCGGACGUUGUGAUAUUUAUCGACACAAGGAUCUUAGCAAGGAUAUAGUCGAUGCAUGGCAAAGUAUCCUUUGCGAGAGGAAAACUUAUGACGACUUCAUACUGGCGAAGGACAUGGUUCGGGCGACCCAAGAUCCUAGUUCAGCUGAUUGUCGAUGGGUGCCUAUUCUGAUUGCACGCUGGCUACAAGUUUCGGCGGAAUCACGGCAUAGCAGCAAUCAGCAUUAUAUCAAGGAACUCUUGGGUUGUUUCCAUCCCACUGCCACAUCUGAAAUUAUUAUUCGCACAACAGAGUAUCUAGUGUCUACGAAGAUGGGCUGCUUGCUUGAGUGGCAGCGCCGCUUGUCCGAGCUUGACAACAUAACAAGGGUUGUCUCUUCACAGAUAUGGGCCGACGUGCGCACGCAACAUACUGCCGAGUCAUUGGGAUCUAAACAAGAGAAGAACUCGACACUAUCAUUCAGACACCAAAUCGUCUUGCGCAUUUGGUUGUUGCGGGCUCUUAGCAAAUAUCUCCCUCAGGGUCCGCUUUGGAGAAGAGGCCAGAGGGUGACUGACUCGCCAAUAACCCAUCUCUGCACAAUUUACGAAUCUACUCUCGACAAGGGCGGCUACGAGGACCUCUUAAGCAGCUUGAUGAAGGAUAUCCACACACUUGGCAUACCAUCUAACGGCCUGCUGAUGUCGGUCGUGGAAUUGAAGGCAGCAAAGCGCACGACACGAGCUCAAAGACGGACGUUGGAGAAACUCGAGACGACGAAAGUGUCUUUCGCAGAUAUGUUCUCAGACAUUCAUGCUUACAACGCGUCAAAUACUCAUUUCUUCUCCGUGUAUGAGAAGAUGGCACGGCAGAUCGAUGUCACCGACCCUUCGUUCGUGAAACAUGCGAUUGAGAUCGCGAGAGACGGGAACAUUCAAAGAAUCUGGACACUUAUUCGUUUGUUUCGUUGCCACACUCCCCUCAAGAUUGCGAUAUCGAGCCUUUGGCCGCGUGUCCCGGACCCCUCGGAAAAAGCUCUGGUGCGCUACAACCCAGAGCCAAGAACCGCGCUCUGUCCAGACCCUCAUCUGGCCGUAGAGAUGAUCCACCUGUUUGCUGUUUCUCUCGCAUGUUCGAGGAACAUCAGUCCGCGCCGUGCCUAUGCGCUGGUCCACUGGCUCUACGAUUUCCUGAUGAAGCACAACGCGCGCGUGAAACCGUCACUUGUUCGCGCCAUGUAUCAUGCUGGUGUGUUGCGUUUUCGAAGAGCAGGACUGAACGUUGCGCCGACUCAAUAUGCCUACAUCCUUGACCGCGUGAAAGAAAUUGAGACACCGGAAAUGGUGCAAGCCCUCAUGGAGCCGCCGCGCGUGGGGGAAAGCGGGAAGCGAUCAAACUCGGUCUGA